AUGUCAGAUUCCAACACAACUGACUUCACCAACACCUCCACCUUCAUCCUGCAGGGCAUCCCUGGCCUGGAGACCGCCCAUACAUGGAUCUCCAUCCCCUUCUGCACCAUGUACAUCAUAGCCCUCCUGGGGAACAUCACCAUCCUGUUCAUUGUGAAAAGGGAGCUGAGCCUCCAUGAGCCCAUGUACUAUUUCCUCUGCAUGUUGGCAGUAGCUGAUCUGGUCCUGUGUUUUUCGAUUCUGCCCAAAGCUCUGAGCAUCUUCUGGUUCAAUUCCAGUGAGAUAGAAUUCAAUGCCUGCCUCGCCCAGAUGUUCUUCAUUCACUGCUUCUCAGAUAUCGUGUCCGGGAUCUUCGUGGCCAUGGCGUUGGAUCGCUACGUGGCCAUCUGCCAUCCCCUGAGACAUUCCACCAUCCUGACUAACCCUUUGGUGGCCAAGAUAGGCCUGGCUGUGGUGCUGCGUGGUGCCAUGCUCACACUGCCCAUUCCUGUCCUGGCAAGACAGUGGCCGUAUUGCAGAACCAAUAUCAUCCCCCACACCUACUGCGAGCACAUAACUGUGGUGAAGCUGGCCUGCGCCGACAUCCGCCUUAGCAGUUACUACGCACUCUUUGUGCUAUUCUUUAUGAGUGGGCUGGAUAUUUCUUGUGUUGCCAUGUCCUACACACAGAUCAUCAGGGCCGUCUUCCGCCUCCCCACAAAGGAUGCCCAGCUCAAGACUUUUGGCACCUGCAGCUCCCACCUCUGUGUUAGCUUAGUUGUUUGCAUUUUGGCUCUUUUCUCCUUGAUCACCCAUCGGUUUGGCCAGAAAGUGCCUUUACAUUUCCACGUUCUCAUUAGCAACAUGUACAUCCUGGUGCCCCCCAUGCUAAACCCCAUCAUCUACGGGGUGAGGACCAGACAGAUCCGGGACAUGCUGCUGAAGCUGAUGGUUCAUAAAGGGACUUACCGGUAA